CACUUGACUGAGCUGUCCAUCCAGACUCUAAAAGAAACUGAAGAAGCAGUAUCCAUGACCAACACGAUGACAUCAACGGUCCUCAUCAGCUUCCUGGCCUGUCUGCUCCUGGCCAAUGUUGAAGGCCAGGUGGGUCAUUCUAAAGCUCGGUGCCAGUGUCAGAAUGGACUGGUGAACCGUGUUAAACCUCUUCACAUUGAGAAGCUCGAGGUGUACACCUCCAGCCACUCCUGCAGGAACAUGGAGAUCAUUGUCACUCUGAAGAAUGGAGAAGGGAAAAAGUGUCUGAAUCCAGAGGCUCCAUUUGCCAAGAAAACCAUUGAGAAAAUAAUGAAAAAACAAAGGAGUGUGCAGUAAAUCUGUGAACUAAUGACACCAAUCCCACUGAGAACUUGAUGGAACAGAGAGCACCAUGAGAGAGAGAGUUAAUCCUGAUGAAUUACCACAGUUGAUUCAAUGCACUGAAGACUGCCUGAGUACAUUUACACUGUUUAAUGGUACUUAGAAAGUCAUUUUUUAAAUUGACAAAAGUAGUAUGUCUUACACAAUAUGACUUACUAGUUGAGACAUUCAUAAAAUCUUCCAAUGGAAACUUAAAUAAAAGUUCAAGUUUUUUUAGGUCAGUUUAAUAUUUUCUUGAAUGUUCAAUUGUUCAUUGUUCAUUUAUGCAAUUGAAAAUAUAAAAAGCCUGUAAAUAUGUAGGUAUAUUUUUUCAUUUUGGAAGGUCAAAACUUGAAAUGUUUUACAUUAUGUUUAGUGAUCAAAAUGAUCAACAUCUGUGUAAAUACUGUAUAUUCUAUAUGUGUUGUUUACUUUUUCUAUCAAAUUAUUAAAGAC